AUGGGUCAUGCGGCAAUUCCGCCUAUUGAGGGCCAAUUGCGCGAGGCGGGCUCACCAGGACGAACCGUUCUGCGAGACUUUGACAUCGCUUUUCUAGAAGACAACUCACGGUCAUGGGAGAGUUGCGCCUUGUCUGUACGUCGUAAUCAUGGUUACGAUGGGGUGUGGGAGCUGUUUGGGUAUAUUAAAAAAAAUGGACUACUACGGGUGCUCGCCGAUCAAGAGACACAGAGCCUUCGAGACGAGAUUCUUACCGCUGCCUUGCCUCUUGACUCACGACUCACGGUCCUCAUCAAUACCGCGCACGAACUCCUCAUUGAUACCAAAUUCAUAUGGCCAGAUUUGUAUAUGAAGGUCAUUUAUCACAUGCUCGAUCAGGAGCAAUAUGAUAGGAGUAUCCGGUGGCACCUUCAACUUGCGCCAAUUUUUCCGCCAUCGACAGAAGUCUUUGGUGCCUUGUUAUCAGGCUUUGUUCUUGACCAAUCACCGGAAAUGCAAAGCAACUUAACAGCACUGUACGUUUCUGGCACGGGGAAGCGAUUAUAUGAUCAUAUAGUUCCUGUGCUCUUCGCAGCUGGUCUUUCGAAACUCGCACGAGUAUGGAGGAAAAAGCUACUCGCGUUUCAGGACUUCCCGAGGACAAGUAAAUCCAAACCAUUUCUUCGAUUUCUUGCAGAGUUCUAUCCGACUAUCGAUUUGACAAUCGACGAACUAGAGGUUGGAGGGCUUGCGGCCAGGGUUAAUGACGCAAAUGGCUCGAACUCAGCAAACACCGAGGCAGGAAGUACCGAGACAGAAUUUCUCAGUGGGCAAUACAGUGAUUCCAUUGUGGCUCGAUGGUUUGCUAGCACUUGGACCUCAAUUGAGUUUGCCAUUAACCUGGCCCAGAAACUAGGUCUACGCGCAAUAGGCCCACGAACCCUUCAAUCUCUAGCACUACGAGAAUUCGACUCGCAGACAGUAGCAUCUCGUAUUGCGCAAAUCGAAAAACUCGAUAUUACCAUUUCAAAUCAAGUCUAUUGCAAGGCACUAAUUUUCUUUGCCAGACAAGGAGAAGAUGCACUUCUAGCGAGCCUUUUGGCUUGUGAUGUUCACCCAGAUGAGUUUGAUGACAUUGAAACACGCCAACUGCUAAUGGCUUCUUCUGUGCGAGAACAAGACUGGGAAAUGGAGAAGUUACUUCAAGGUGUUGAGUGGGCGAUCGAACAUGACCCUACAGCCCGCAGACUCCAUACGCUUCUUGAUUGCGAACUAUCAGAGCGUAGACUUGAUAAGGCAAGACAAGUUCUCGAGCGCAUGGAAGCAUUAAAAGUCAAUGUGAGCCAAGACAGUGCUUUGCAGCUUCUGGAAGGAACCUUUCGAGGUCUGGGUAAACACCCCAAUGGAAGGAAACGCCAAACUCGAAGAGAAGGUUCGGAAGCUCUUCUGAACAGAGCCCUUGACGUUACCCGUCGUGUUGCUUUACAUGAUGUCGCCAUACCCUUGCAGCUCUGGAGCCUGUUGUUUUACAAUCUUGGUCGCUUGGGUCGUCUUUCCGAACUCGAACAAUUGUCGCUGGAAGUAGUUCAGCUUUAUACACCACCCUUGGGAGGCUUGAUACCGAUUCAUGCUGACGAUCUGCCACAAACCAAGAGCAGAACAGACAACGGAGUUGAUGUAUUGCCGUGCCAAUGCAUAUCUCCAGCGGGAGAUGAGAGCAGUACGAGCCGUCAUUCACCAGAUAAUCAGUCACUGAACGGGGCCAUGCGAGGUGCACGACAGUCAUGGGGCGAGGAAGCGUCCAAUAUUAAUAAGAAAAUCGGUCCUGUUGUCUCGAGAUUGGACGUCGGAAGCACACGAGGAGAUUCUAAAUCCGGGGGCGGGCUUGGUCUUGGAUCGAUCAGGAGAGACGUGAAGGAGUAUAUCCCUGCAGACUUGCCCUUCAGCCAUCGAGCACAUCCAGUACAGAGAUUAUUCGAUACUCGUCUCCAGCGAUCCAUUGUUCGAUGGGGCUUCGACCAAACGUUGGAGACCAAGCCGCACUCUAUGGCACUCGUCGGCUCUCAUUCGACCGGAGCCUUAGCAUUCGAUGUAGCUAGUGGUGUACGGCUAUUAGCGUUGCUGCGAGAUCAAGGCGUUCUAAUCGAUCUUAAAGUUCUCCGAACAGCUAUCCUGUCGAGGAUUGCUCUAGGACAGGUGCCAGGUCGUCCAAAGGACAGGUCCCGAGACAGUCAUGAGAUGUCGGUAGAGCAUAUGAAAGCCUUGUGUGAUGAGGCGUGGGGCUCAGAAAUUCUUCCCAGUCCGUCCGAAAUAACACGACAGAUUGAACAUCAGAAGCCGAGGCUCUGGAGCAGAUAUCCCAGGCUAUUUAGACAGUCGUUUGACAAAGGUCGAAAGGACGUUUGA